AAAAAUUACUUGCCACACUUUCCACAACAGGGAGCAAACAAAACGUGAAAAUCAUGCUCGCAGUAUUUGCGACCUUCAAACUCGUAGAAAAUUCCUUCGGGAAAAGGACGAAAGCACUGUGCACACCUAUGAAACAAUAAGACAUCGCACUCACACAAAACAUUGUGGGUGCCACAACUCUCCGCGAGAAUUGACUAUUUUCUCAUGCGGUUCGAAGCCUUCGCGACAGCGGGAGCAAAACAUGUGGUCCAACGACAUCCCGGUGACUCUGUAACAAUGUGAUGAAGAUGUAAAAAGCUUUGCUCUCAUAAGCCAAACUGAUGAGCAGAAAAUUGAGGUGGAAGUUUUGGAGGUUUGUCAAAGCCUGCCCAUUCAACCAACUCUUCAUAGUCGCAUAUGAAGAUGGAUUGUUCAUUAUCAGAUUCAUCGGUGCUUCUUGUUUCAAGCAAAUUCUCUCGUGACAGUGCACGCCUGUGAUAUAAUUCACUGUGAUCCAAUGACUGUAAAGAUAUAGAUAUAGGAAAAGGAACAGUGUUACUACUGCGAGCCAUUUCAAAAGUCUGAGCUAUCUCCUUGAUAAACAAAAUUAUGAUCCAGAAAUCAAGAAAUAGAUAAACAUCAAGGUAGAUAAGAAAGUGUAUGGAUUGCUUGGUUUUAAUGCAGGCGUCAAUUUUCUAAACCACAUUUACCCUUGUUCUACUCAAUCUGCACACCAGACAUUCACACCUAGCUAUGAUCAAUUGCUGGGUAAUUUUACUGGAUGUAAUGUUUGUGUAACGACAGCCGGUGCAGGUAUGAGGUGAUUUAGUAUGGUAAGUUUAGUGCCCUUGUUUGCACCUUUUGCUAUUCUUGACAUGAAUUUUCACAUUCAGACUUCUAACAUUCCUAACCUUGUCUUGAUUGCGUGCACUAAAUAUUCACUAGUUUCAGGGUAUUUUUCCAAGUUUUGCAUCUAUAGAGUGGAUCGAUAUCUGACAAGUAAUGAUGGUCAGGGGAUGGACAACACGAAUCAUUUAGUUGUUCGUAAACAAGUAGAAAUAAAUCUAUCGAUAUCUUCAUCAGACACGACAACUGUCGCAGUGAUGGAAAUGCCAUUAAAGAAAGUAGAGCUACAAGCAGAUGUAUACAUGGUCUGUCUACAACAUGCUCUCUCCACUGAGAAUUUUGAAGUGAUGGGUUUACUUAUUGGGAAUCUAGAGUCAGGGGUUGCUAAUAUAUCAGCUGUUAAAAUCCUGAGACGUUCAGACAAAAAAAAAGAUCGUGUUGAAAUAUCUUCCGAACAAGUCCUGAAAGCAGCUGCUGAGGCAGAACGUUUGACGGUCAAGCUUAAGCGUCCUAUGCGUGUGCUUGGCUGGUAUCAUUCUCAUCCUCACAUUACAGUAUGGCCAUCCCAUGUUGAUGUUAGAACGCAAGCCACAUACCAAACUAUGGAUCAUGGAUUUGUAGGUCUUAUAUUUUCUGUGUUUUCUGAAGGAAAAGACUCAAAAGAACAAGAAGCGCUGGUGACUUGUUUUCAGUCCCAUAAUGGGGAAGCAACUGAAAUACCAUUGGAAAUUCAAUACACCCCUGUUUUGUCAGAGCACUGUUUAAAAACAAUGACAGAACUACCAAAAAUAUUGGUUCAGGAGGAAGAGGACAGUGCGGAAACCUGUAAGGACCACCCUGACCUGCUAGCAACGAUUCAUAAUAACGCAGUUCACACAAAAGCUUUGGCACACAUAACAGACAUCAUUACCAGACCUCUGCUCUCAACUUUUGAAAAAAGAUUGGCUCUCAAUAAAAUGCGUAUCAUAUAUCUACAGCGGCAACUCGAGGAACUGCAAGAGAUACACAUAAAAUCAAUGAACGAUUCUUGGUCUGAAUAAACAACCACAUUUUGUAUCACCUUGAUCACUCUAAAACCACUAUAUUUAAAGAUUAGUUUUUUAGAAAUAUCAACUUGUGAUAUCAGCAUAUAUAAAAUACUUAAUCAAUUACCAA